AUGAUGGGGAUAGAGGAAGAGGAGGGGGAGGAGGAGGUGAUGGGUUCGAGUUUGACGAUGGAGAAAGUUGCAGCAGCGAAGCAGUUUAUAGAGAAUCACUACAGAGCUCAUAUGAAGAACAUUCGAGAGCGCAAAGAGAGACGAUGGGUAUUAGAGAGAAAAUUAGCUUCUUCGGAUGUGCCAAAGGAGGAUCAAAUCAACUUGAUCAAAGACUUAGAGCGCAAAGAGACACAAUUUAUGCGACUGAAAAGGAAUAAAAUAUGUGUUGAUGAUUUUGAGCUGUUGACCAUUAUUGGAAGGGGAGCCUUUGCAGAGGUUCAAUUAUGUCGAGAGAAGAAAUCUGGCAAUAUUUAUGCCAUGAAGAAGUUGAAGAAAUCUGAAAUGGUUAUGAGAGGACAGGUAGAACAUGUUCGAGCUGAAAGAAACUUGCUAGCAGAAGUUGCAAGUCACUACAUAGUGAAACUCUACUACUCAUUUCAAGAUGCUGAGUAUUUGUAUUUGAUUAUGGAAUAUUUACCUGGGGGUGAUAUGAUGACUUUGCUGAUUAGGGAGGAUACCUUAACCGAAAACGUUGCUAAAUUUUACAUUGCUCAGAGUGUCCUUGCCAUUGAGUCUAUUCACAAACAUAACUACAUUCACAGGGACAUCAAACCUGACAACCUUCUCUUGGACAAAAAUGGUCAUAUGAAGCUUUCAGAUUUUGGACUCUGUAAGCCUCUUGAUUGUACAACUUUAUCUACAAUCCAUGAAAAUAAAACCAUUGAUGAUGAAACUAAGACGGAACCAAUGGAUAUUGAUGGAUGUUUCCCUGAUGCGGAUAACAACAAGAAUUGGAGAAGCCCUGCUGAACAACUUCAGCAUUGGCAGAGGAAUAGGAGGACAUUGGCAUUCUCAACUGUUGGAACACCUGACUAUAUUGCUCCUGAAGUGUUGCUGAAGAAAGGAUAUGGCAUGGAAUGUGAUUGGUGGUCACUAGGAGUGAUUAUGUAUGAAAUGUUAGUUGGAUACCCACCAUUUUACUCUGAUGAACCAAUAACCACCUGCAGAAAGAUUGUUCAUUGGAGAAAUCACUUAAAUUUUCCUGAAGACGCAAGGUUGUCUCUAGAAGCUAAAGACCUCAUUUGUCGGUUGCUUUGUGAUGUUGAGCAUAGGCUAGGUACUGGAGGGGCAAAUCAAAUUAAAGCUCAUCCUUGGUUCAUAGAUGUUGAAUGGCAUAAACUCUAUGAGAUGGAAGCGGCAUUUAAGCCAGAAGUCAACGGGGAGCUAGACACCCAGAACUUUAUGAAAUUCAAUGAAUUGGCUUCUCCAGCACCAGCAAGAGUGGGCUCAGGAUCUUCGAGGAAGAUGCUAUUAACUCCUAAAGAUUUAAGUUUUGUUGGCUAUACAUACAAAAACUUCGAUGCCCUCAAAGGAUUGCGUCAGUCCUCAGGUGAUUCAAGUUCAGGUAUUCCCAGGCAAACAGCAGAGGAAACAGAGGUACCGAUGCUUGCAUCAUCAGGGGAUCCCAUGCUACCCUAACGCGACAAAACGGCUGAACUGUAGGUGAAACUCUGAAUAGCCUGCUCAAUACGGAGUUGGGUGUUUCUCAGAAAAUAUGCUUAUAGUCUAUGGAGCACCAUGUAAGUGUACUUGUGUACAGUAGUAAAGUAAUUGAGUCAAAGCCCCAGUCUUGCAGCUGCUAAGGCUUUGUUUAUUAUAACUUAGAGCAGAGACUCUUUGCAAAACUAUGCCCAGGUUGGCUUUGGUAUUUAAUCAUGCCUUCUCUAGUGGCAGUUUCUGGGAAACCCAAUUAGCUAUCUAUUGCUGGUGAACACUGAAAUUUAGCUGUGAAGAACAAUACUUUAUUGAAAGGUAUUCCCAAGUUUGAUUCUUAAUGAA